GUAAGCAAACGGAAAAAAAUCAAGAUAAGAAUUUAUUUAUUUAUUUUUUUCAUCUCUUCCCCAAAACUUUUUCUCUUUUUUUUAUUUCACCAUCACCAAGCAGUAAUAUACAAAUAAAAUAAAAAUGUCUCCUGUCGGCACCAGCGGAAAGAAACACAGCGAGUCCACGACGGCGCGUCUUCUGGGCUCUGGCACCAGCGGUAUUCUCGAGCUUUUCACGUUCCACCCCGUCGAUACCGUCGCCAAGCGGCUGAUGAGCAACACAGACAAGAUCUUCGGCAACGGCCAGUCUGUCACCCAGUCCCUGGGCAAGCUCAACCAGGUUCUCUUCCGCGAGGCCGCCAACAAGGCGACCCUAAGCAAGUACCUGUCUCUUUUCCCGGGCCUCGGUUAUGCGGCCGGCUACAAGGUUGCGCAGCGCAUGUACAAGUUCGGCGGACAGCCCGUAGUGCGCGAUCUGCUGGACAAGAACUACAACCAGACAUUCACACGGGCGUUUGGCGAGCGUAACGGAAAGGCCAUUAUGCAUGCCACGGCCGGCUCGCUGAUCGGCAUUGGCGAGGUUGCGCUGCUGCCCCUUGACGUUUUGAAGAUCAAGAUGCAGACCAACCCGGAGACGUUCCGUGGCCGCGGGCUUUUCAAAAUCGUUGCUGACGAGGGCAUGGCGCUCUACCGCGGUGCCGGGUGGACGGUUAUGCGGAACGCGCCGGGCUCGUUUGCGCUUUUCGGUGGGUCGGCGUUUGUGAAGGAGUUUGUUUUUAAGCUGGACGACUACAACAAGGCGACAUUCAUACAGAACUUCUUCUCGUCCAUUGGUGGUGCCGUGGCCUCGCUGGCUGUGUCGGCGCCCAUGGAUGUCAUCAAGACGCGCAUCCAGGCGCGCUCAUUCGAGAACCCCGAGAGCGGCAUGGUUAUUUUGCGCAAGAUGGUGCAGCAGGAGGGCUUUGGCGCGUUCUUCAAGGGACUGACGCCCAAGAUCCUUGUUGUCGGCCCUAAGCUGGUAUUUGGCUUCACCCUGGCCCAGUGGUUCAUCCCCGCCUUCGACCGCAUUCUCCGGGGCGGCAAGGCUGCCAACGAGUGAAAAAGAAAAAGCAAUGAUUUUUUAAUUAAAUUUUCUAUUCGCAAAACAAAUUC